GUUGCAGGUACACGGAACGGGACAUGACCGAGCGGCGGCCGCGGGGUUACCUGCGGACAGAGUUUGCCCAGGAGUUACAGCGGUCCCUGUUAGAGUACCGCCUGCAGGUGCAGCUACACGAGUGGGUGGAGGGAGAUCCGUACGAGAUCUUUAACCCCGCCUGUAUCUGGGACCCCAAGACUCACCCGUGGAUGGACCUGGCUAGGGUCUGCGUUACAAACCUUCUUCCACAGAGCGUCUUGGAGCGGACGAUAUUCGACCCUUCUAUCCAGCCGCCAUCUUUGGGCCUCCUGGAACCCAAGUCUAGUCACGACCAUAAUAGUCUGCCGCACUUGAACUCUGACCUCCACUCUCGACCAAUGAGACCGGGGGAAGGGAAGCUACCCGUGGACUUAGCGGAGGGCUCGUACGCACUGGAGUUCCACACGGGAGUGCAGCGGGGCGCUGGUACAACAGCGGACGUGUGGAUCACUCUCACCGGCACCUGGCUCCGAACGGAUAGGAUCAAAAUGGAGAAAUCCUUCUUCGACGAGUUCGAGAGGGGCGCGGUCAGCCGGUUCCACUUCAAGUCUGUAGAUGUAGAAGAGGUCCUCCUGGUGACCCUUGAGAGCAGCUCGAAAGGUUUCUGGCACGACUGGUACGUGGAGAACGUGUUCGUGAACGACCGCAAGCGGGGGCGACGGUACGAGUUUCCGUGCCACAGGUGGAUCAGGGACAGGGUCGUGUUGAGAAGUGGACACGCCUGCCUGAACGCGUACGAGUUCCACGACCUGCUUGCUGCGGAGCGGCAGCUGGAGGUCCAGGACAGGCAGCGGCGGUACAAGUGGUCCUACAGCAUCCCAGGAUGCCCCGGGCACCUGUACGGCAUCACCAACCAGGACCUCCCACGAGAUGUCCGCCUCAUGAACGACAAAUCGCGAGACUUCGCCACCGCACCCAAACGCGGAAGCGUCAAGACAUUCUUUAAGCGAGUUUUCGGAAUUCUGCGGAGUUUGGACGAUUUUAAGGACCUGGCGAAGUCUGUAACGAGUGAGAUUUCUCCACAUAUUAUGGAAGACUGGCACAACGACUUGGAGUUCGGGCGGCAGUUUCUGAACGGGAUCACGCCGAGCGCCAUCCGGCGGUGUCGAGGCGGUCUCCCAAGGAACUUCGGACUGAGGGACGAGAUGGUACAGGGCUGCUUUGACGACAAGACGACCCUUAGUGAAGAAAUAGAGGCGGGCCACAUCUACAUCGUGGACUGCGGCAUCCUGGACGGGCUCCAGCAGAACACCUCCCGCGGAAACUUCUACUUCGCCGCGCCACUCGCGCUCUUCCACGUCAACAGACUAGGGGACUUCCUACCCAUCGCCAUACAGAUCAACCAGCGACCCGGUAACGACAACCCGGUCUUCACGAGCGAGGACUCGGACAUCGACUGGCUCAUGGCCAAGAUCUUCCUCAGAAACGCGGACGCGCAGCUGCAACUCGUCGUCAGCCACCUGCUAGACACGCAUCUGAUCAUGGAGCCGUUCGCGGUCGCCACCUACCGACAGUUGCCGGGAGUGCACCCCCUGUACAAGCUGCUGGUGCCGCACUUCCGGGGCAUGUUGGGUAUUAACGUGUUCAUCCGCGAGGCGCUCAUCAAGGAGGGGUCUGUGCUGGACAGCGUCAUGUCGCUUGGACCGCAGGGCCGGCACGAGCUGCUCAGAAAAUGUUACAAAGCCUUCAACAUCCGGGCCCUGGACCUUCCCGCGUCCCUGAAGGACCGGGGACUGGACGACUUCAGACUGUUGCCUGGUUACCGUUACCGGGACGACGGCAUGCUGAUCUGGGGGUGUAUAGAGAAGUUUGUCACAGCAACAGACAUGCUGAGCCUUCACUACGAUCGCGACGCCACCUUACUGGACGACCUGGAACUGCAGCGGUGGAUCAGUGACGUGUACGAGCACGGGUUCAACUGGGAGGACAACCUAGACCGCGGCAUCCCGCACAGGAUCAAGUCCUUCAGGCAGCUGGUUGACAUCGUGACGAUCAUCAUCUGGACCUGCUCGGUGCAGCACGCGGCGGUGAACAACGGCUGUCGGGACAUCCUGGGCUUCGUGCCGAACGCGCCCCUCAGUCUGCGCCGGCCCCCGCCGCCAUGGAAGGGCAUCAUCAACAUGACGGACAUCGUACGGACACUGCCGGACAUGGAUACUGCUGUACUGCAGACGAGCAUCGCGGAUAUGAUGUGUGAGGAGCCGAGAGACGAGGUGUACCUGAGUCACUACCCGGAGCGGCACUUUGUAGAGGAGAACGCUCGGGCCGUCAUAGACGAGUUCCAGUACAACAUCCAGGCCAUCAACGACGCCAUCGCCAAACGGAACGCAGUUGGAGACGUGCCCAACACGUACCUACUGCCCAGCAACAUACCCAACAGCAUAUCGCGGUAGAACAUUCACAACGAGACAGGAGGCGAUAUAAACUGCUGGACACAUUCGAACGCCUGUGCCGAAAUAGACGAGCUCGAUCCAGUACAAGAUACAGACAAUCAACUACACAAUUGCUAAUCGGAAUACCCUGGAAGAUGGGCCCGACACAACAUUGAUGUUCCCACUUUUGUAUGCGUAGCAUCUAGAUCUAACCAGCUGUCAGCCAAUCGGAGAAUGCCUCAAAUGUUCUUUAAGUAAAGCCGAUUGGCUGAUUCACUAUUGGCUGAGGCCACUUGCCCGUGGCCAAUACAAUAUACCUUAGGAUUCCACUGUUGUGCGCGUCGCUUCUAUCCAUCUAUCAGCUAAUCAGAGAAUCCGCGGGCGAAGCUCUGGGUAGGAGAAUGGCUAGGUGCAGUUAUCAAGUUGAACAACAGGGGGCAGUCCUUCCGCUUUGCCGUCGUUUCGACGAUAUCAUCACCACUUUUGACUGGACUGGACUGAUACGGCCUAAAAUAGGACACGAUCCGAUGGAAGUCUUCAUUGUCUACUGUCACUGAUACCAAAAGGGAGCAUAUCGUGGUAAAACUCUGAGAUGAACUGAGCUCGCAAAAGUACGGAUGGACGUUUUCGCAGCCUUCUACCAGAUUGUUUAGAUUACGAGCCUAUGAUUGUGAACAGUUUCAUUAUUAUGCUGCCAGAUCAUAGGCAUUUUAAAGUUUGCUUGUAUAUAUCGAGUUUUGCCAAAGUAUCGGUAGUGUGUCUUCUACAUUCCGCUUUCAGUUUUGCGUAAAAUCUAUUUUGCUUUCGUUUGAGGGGCCGACACAGUAUGAAUGCAGAUAUUCGGAGUAUUUUGCACAUCUUAUUGCUGCUAGAUGUUAAACUCGUAUCCUAAGUUUACAGGACAUUCCUGAAGCUGUUUUGCAGAAUCUUGCAUUUUGGUUGCCACGAGUAUUUUUUGUCUGCACGCGGACUAAAGGAAGCUGAACAUGGAACUUCUCCUGCCAAGGUUAUUUGAAACCCCUUCUCUUGUACAUAAUCGGAUUAAAAGAAAGUUUAUUUCCAUCACUGCA